GGGAGGGCAGGUGGAAAGGAGUGAGGAGAGCGAUGUAGGAGGUACGAGAGAGAAGAUGAGAUCGAGUGAGCAUGAAGGAGAAGGGACAGGGAGGAGCUGACGGCUGACUGGAACAUGAUGCGUCUUCCCUCAGCCAUGUCGCCAUCUUCGGAUGUCUCGGGGGACAAGUUUGAACCCAUCCUGUCGCACAAACUGAAGAAAGUCGGCGGGCACUCGCUCAAGAGUUGGUUGGUGAGGCGGGGCAAGUCAUUCAAAGAUCUCUCCUCAGCAGACAACGACAAGGAAGAGAUCAGGAACGUGUUCCAGCUGUUCGAGGUCCCCGACAACCCUGGCUUCUUCCCUUCCGAGUCCUUCGUCGUCGCCUGCAGGAUGCUCAAGAUCCUCCAGGACCCUCGCCUGCUCCCUCCUCUUCCUCCCUUGCUCACCUUCCGGGAGUUCGAGGAUCAACUGAAGAAGCUGGGGUACGGCAAGAGGGACAUCCUGGUAGAGCUCUACAACCCCGAGACCAUGAAAUGGCUAGAGGAGACGAGGACGCUGCUCAACGACGGCAUGCCGGCAAGCCUGCAGCUCCUCCACAUGAGGAGGCAGAGAUCGAUCCAGUCUCUCCCUAUGUCUGAUGCCGGAACGAGCGAGGACGCGAAUCAGUCUCGUCAACCUGCUCCUCGCCCAAGACGCGAUUCCUCCUACGUCUCUGCCUCCAAGACCUCGCCGUCAGAUGGGAGGUUGUCUCCAAAGCGCACGCACACGGAGAUCGUCGUCAUAGUGCUGUUCGGGAAGCACAAUCCUUCGAAUGU